AUGCUCUAUGAGAUACGCACUAAGCGCAAAGGCUCCAGGAUAUGGUCUUACAAGUUUUCCCCCGAUUCUGCGUUCAUAGUAACAGACAGAUGGGAUGAAGUGGCCGUAUGGAAUGCACGCGAUGGUCAUUGCGUGUGGCAGUUCAGCCAGCACUACGAAAGGACCAGGGCGAAAUUCUCACCAGACUCUCACCGUAUCGCAGUAUGGAUUGACUUCUAUUUGGGGAAGGGUGGUCCUUACGUUGAGGUCUGGAAGCGGAAAAAUGGUACAUUUGAUCUCGAACAUACCUGGAGCGGGAUGCGGGCAUAUGACUUUUUGUUUUCUCCGAAUGGCAGCCUAUUGUUCACUAAGUACGGGAAAGGGAUAAGAAUUCUCAAUUGUGACACGGGCGAAGUGCUUCAAGAGAUACCAUUUAAUGGAAAGAUCACUGCGGUUUCGAUGGCAAUUGCCGAGGAUUCUUCCACCCUUGCCCUUGGACUUCCAUCCGAGAUUCAGAUAUGGAACCUUGAUUCAAUGAUGUGUGCCAAAAAGUGGCAAGCUGACCAGGAUUCCAACUUGAUCCUGUCUUCCACGGGAACUCUUUUGGCCGGUCAGACUAACAAGGACGUCCGAAUCUGGAAUUGGACGACUGGGGAGAUGCUUGCUGAGAUCCAACUUUCCGAAAACGACUGGAAGAUCGAUGCCUUCUUACCAGAUAACUCUGGAAUCCAAACCAAUUACGGAGUCAUUCCAACGAAUGUGGGAACUAUCCCAUGCCAACACCUCACACCAACGUUCAGACUCAGAAAUCAUUGUAUCCAGUGGAAGGAGAACGAUUUGAUCCAACUACCGCGCGAUCUUCGAGGUAUUCCGAAUGCCAUAUCGGCGACAGAUACGGAACUCACUGUUGCAUUUGCGUGUAGCUCGAAGCGGGUCACCAUUCUCAAGAUCUCGGAGGGUGAGGAGUUGAGACGGUUGCUUUCAAGUGGCGCUUCUUUGAGUACCUAA